GUUCCGGCCCCCGAACCAGUCUCUCGAGUUCAGUUAGUCAGAGCGGACAGUUUAACCGUUGAGGUCGCCUUUGAAGAAUCGCAGAUUCCACCACAAACGGCGUGCGUGCGUGUGAACGGGCAGUGUGCAAUUGAGAAGACCCCCACUUAUUUAGUUUUUCUUUUAAUUGCAAUAAGAGGCAGCCUUUUUGAGUGUUGAAAGGAUGAGUAAAUUUGCGUGGGUUACACUCGCCACGAAUGAUUCCUACUCAUUGGGUGCCCUUGUGGUGGCGGCAUCCCUCCGAAGGGUGGCUACAGCCCAUCAAAUUGCCGUCCUCAUCACACCGGGCGUUUCAGAGGCCAUGCGUACGAAGCUCUCGACAGUAUUUGACGUUGUGAAGGAAGUCAAUGUUCUCGAUUCAAGAGAUUCGGCUAAUUUAGCACUUUUGGCACGUCCAGAACUGGGUGUGACGUUCACAAAGCUUCACUGCUGGAACCUCACACAAUUUGAGAAGUGCGUCUUCCUCGAUGCUGAUACACUGGUGCUGCAAAACUGUGAUGAACUGUUUGAGAGGGAAGAAUUGUCAGCAGCUCCGGAUGUGGGAUGGCCGGAUUGCUUCAAUUCGGGUGUUUUUGUCUUCAGACCAAGUCAAGAUACAUUUGGGAAACUCCUGGAAUUUGCAGUGAAGGCAGGAAGCUUCGAUGGAGGAGAUCAAGGACUUCUCAACUUAUACUUCUCAGACUGGGCACAUAGUGACAUCAGCAAGCAUCUCCCCUUUGUCUACAACACUUGCUCAACAGCCACAUACUCCUACUUGCCAGCCUUCAAGCAAUACGGGCAGGGUGUAAAGAUUAUUCAUUUCAUCGGAACAUCCAAGCCUUGGUUGCAGAACUUCGAUCCGCAAACAAGAACGGUUCGAACACCCGACAACUACACCCAUCUUGCGAGUCAUCUACAAACUUGGUGGACAAUUUUCUUUGACCAGAUUCAUCCUCAUCUCUCGGGCGACAUGAAUCAACAGAAAGAAGCGACUCCAUGGUACGAAGAACCACAGCAUGUUCCUCCUUGUCCUCCUCCCCAAAAUCCUUCCCAUGAAAUUUUCAUCCCAAAUUCAAUGGUGGAAGUUCCCAAUGAAAAUCUUCCGGGAGAAACGCAUCAAAUACAUUUCUACGAUCCCUGGGAGGAUUAUGAGAAGAAAAAAAGUGAGGAAUGUCAGGAAGUUGUUGCUCAAGUUUUGGAAAAUCAUCAAGAUGAUGUUGAGAGAUUUCAGGAAGUUCAGAGAAUUCAGGAGGAAGUUUACAGAAUACACGAGGAAGUUGAAACAUUCCACGAAUCCCACAAUCAGACGCCACACGAAGCUCCCCAUCAGCGAUGUGAGAUGAGGCAGGAAAAUUCCUCAGAACCCCUAGAAAAUCGCAAGGAAGCUCCAGUUGUGAGAGAGACUAGAGAAAUUGAUCCUGGACCUGAGAUAAUUUCUGAAAGAUUUCCUGAGAGGCAGGAAAAUUCAGGAAAUCAAUGGGAAUACCACAAUCACAUUGAAAAUUUGCCUAAAGAUCCCCCAAAUAGGCAUGAAAAAAUCCCUGAAAGUCCUCAAAUUCCUCCUGAAUGCCAACCACAAGUCUAUGAGGAAGUUCAACGUGAUGUUCCAUCGGAAAUUCCCUCGGAAUUGCCUCAUGAGCACACGAAGGAACUUCCUAAUCCUCCCGCACAUAGAGAUCCCCCACCUGAUCAAUUAACAGCACAAAAGUGUCCCCAAGAGAGCCCAAUGUCACCAGAAAGACAGGUGAUGAGUAUUUCAAAGACAAAUGGGGAGAAAAUCCUGGGAAAUCAUGAGACUGGAAUUGCCGGGGCACUGGCCAGUGUGACCCUGGGUGAGAAGAGAAGCCCCGAACAGGAAGCCAUGGAGUCUCAGAUGCGCCGGCAAUGCUGGGAAUCUGGGAAUAUUGACUACAUGGGCAGGGAUUCCUUUGAGAACAUCCUCAAGCGCAUUAAUCAAACAAUGGGGUUGGCACAGCCAGAGGAGCAGCAGCCCCCAAAAGAGGAGGAAGGAGCAAAGGCUCAGGAGGAAGCGGAAGUGAAGGAAACUGUAGUUGCACUGACGGAGGAAAAACUCGCUCCGGGAGAGAUUGUUCGCUCACGAGAAGAUGGAGCGGAAGAGCGCGUGAUCACGAGCGUGGGACCCGAUGGGAAGAUAAUUCAGAAGGUCAUUACGACGUUCCCAAAGUACGAGACGGAGGAAGAAGUCGUCACGGAGGAGGUAACCGAAGGAGAUAGCGUGACUGUUACGAAGACAACAACGGUCACAACGAAUGUUACGCAGUCUGAAAUUAUUGGAGUGCCAAAGGUUGCAGCUCCAGCUGUUACAUCGGCUACAGGGACUCAACCUACUCCUGCACUGGAGCUAACCAAGAAACCCGAACCAGGGAAGGAAUUGGUUGAAUUUGAUGAGAAAACUAAUACAACAACCGUAACUAGGAGGAUUGAAAAGGGCUACGAACAGAUCAUUACAAUUGUCCAGGAAGAUGGCACAAAACGUACUCAAGUGCGCACCUUUAUGGAUCCCGAGGAGGUUGUUGAUGAGACUGAGGAAGUCAUUGAAGAACCCACAAGGAUUAUCAAAAAGGAAACAGGAUCAACAACGGAAACAAAGAAGAUCUCAUCUGAUCAACAAACAACAGUACAGGAAACAACAACAACUGAUGCAUCAAAGAAGGAAAUUAUUGAAGAAGAAUUUGUUGUAACUGAAGAGAUGACGAAGCUACAAACAGGACAAGAGAUUAAGAAGGUUGAUGAGAAGACUAAAACAACAACAAUCAUUAAGAGGAUUGAAAAUGGUUACGAACGCACAAUUACGAGAGAAUUUGAUGAUGGAACUUCAAAGAGCAGCACGAAGACUAUCUUUGACACUGUUGCUGUUCCUCAAGACACAAAGACGACAACUGUUGUUGAUGAAACUGCAACGAAGAAGGAAACAACUCAGCAAACAACACAACAAACUACUCAACAAACGACUCAGGAUACUGAAGAAUUAGUCGUUACAGAGGCAAUGAAGAAGCUAACAACAGGGCAGGAAAUUGUUGAAGUUGACAAGAAAACCAACACAACAACCGUAACGAAGAGAAUUGAGAAUGGCUACGAAAGAACAGUCACGGUUAUCUUUAACGACGGCUCAAUGCGUUCGCAAACAAAAAUAAUCUACGAUCCUGUUGAAGUUGUUGAAGAAUCCAAGCAGGUAACCCCAAUUGUUCCGGCUCCAACAACUACAACCAAAACAACCGAGACAACAACUGAUUCAAAAACAUCAACCACCGUUGAGAAGACGCAAACAGUUGAGAGCACAAAGCAGAGCAAUGUUCAGGAACAACCACCAACUGCUCCACUUCCAUGCGAUCCGGAAGCUUUGAGGAUUCAGAAGGAAGAAAUCUCGAAGAUUGAGACGCAGGAAAUCAUUAUUACGGAAGCAAUGAAGAAGCUAAAGGUUGGUGAGGAGAUUGUGGAAGUUAUUCAGAAGAUUAGCACGACGAUCAUUACAAAGAGGAUUGAGAAGGGAUAUGAGAGGGUGACAAAUUCAGUUUUGAUUGAUGGAACAAGGAGGACACAUACUAAGAAGACUUUUGAUCCUGUUCCUGUUCCCAAAGUUCCUGAACCCAAUCAACCACAGGUUCCUGCUGCUCCACAACAGGCACCGGCUCCUGCUGCUCCUCAGCAGCCACAAGCUCCUGCUGCUCAGCCACAGGCUCCUGUUGCUUCACAACAACCCCAGGCUCCAGCUGCUCAACCCCAGGCUCCCGCUGCUCAGCCUCAAGCUCCCGCUGCUCCACAACAGCAGGCUCCAGCUCCAGUGGCAAAACCACAACAAUCAACAACAGUCAGUGCAGUUGAUACCAAAACAACUCAAGUUCAAUCAACAACCGUCGAGCAAACAAGCAAGAAAGUUUCAACACAGGAAACACUUCAGAAAACACAAAAUGCUCAAGAAACAUCCACAAAGCAGGUUGUCCAGCAAACUCAACAAACCCCAGAAAGGAAAGUCGAAACAACGGUCAAAGAAUACGAAACUGAAGAAGAAUUCGUCCCAACGGAAGCAAUGAAGCUCCUGAAAGUUGGUGAAGAGCUAACGGAAGUUGAUGAAGUCACAAAAACCGUAACGGUGACAAAGAGAACUUCCGAUGGGUAUGAGCAAAUUGUUACAACGGAAAUGGGUGAUGGUACGAAGAAGACCUUCAUGAAGACCUUCUACGAUGCUGAAGAAAUUGUCGAGGAAACAGAAGAGUAUGAAGAUGCGCAAGAAGAAACCACCACAACACAAACACAGGCUGAUAAGAAGGCGACAAUUGUUGCACCGAAUGUACCCACCCCAAGCAAUGUUCUAGCAGUUUGCCCGACAAAGCAGGAAGUGUCCAUUUUGAAUGAUCCCAAUAUUGCGAGUAAGAAGAUUGUACGGCAUGGGGAGGAAGAGAUUCAGCUUGAGGAGGAGGAGGAGGAUCCCAAUGAUCCCAAUAGGAAGACAAAGAGAGCCGUACAGGAGGUACGAAAGGCCAAGGUUGCCCUUGAGGAGAGUCAGAAGACCGAAGGAGCAACCAAAACGCACACAACGACCGCCUCAACGGAUGCCGUUGAGAAUAAAUCCGAAGUUAUUCAAUCGAAUGUGGGUGGAAUCAAUGCGGAUGUCCGGACAACGUCUGAAUCAACGCAAUCGACGAAGAAUACAACGACAACUUCUGUGACACCCUCACAGGGCCCCGGGCAGCCCAGUCGAACGGUCAUUACAACAAAGACGGAAAAGAGUACGGCCAGGAAGCAGAGCUCAUCUGCCAUUGCGUCCACAGCUGGGAAUUUGGAAGCUCUUCAGGCCAUUGCAGCAGCCCCACAGGCACCACCAAGGAAGAAGGAGAACAAGAAGGGCGGCAAGGGGGGCAAGUAGAGGAAAGAAGGAGAAGCCUAUAAGGAUACAACAACAUCUAGUCGAAUAACGCAGCUUCUUCUCUGAAUGCCUCCGCUGCGUAUGCAUCUUCAUCAACUCAUUUAAUUGCCUUAGCGUGUGUAACUUAGCAGCUACAACAUUGCGAGCUUUUCUACCCAUGAAGCUUCCUCAAAAUAAAAAUAAUAAGAAAUUCUUUUCUUUUUUCAAAUAAAUAAAGUUUUGAGAAUAAAGUGA